AUGCUCUCGCUCACCGUCAACACUCCAAAACCGCCAUUCCUCGCCACGCCCUUCCUCCCCAAGCAGCAGCACCUCUACCGUCUCAACCCUCCGCAUUCGCCGCCUCCAAAACCCCUCUCCGUCUCCGCCCUCAUCCUCCCUCCCUCCUCCUCAUCCCCCUCCCCCUCCCCUCAGAAACAGCAGCUCUACCAGCCCUUCCGUCCGCCGCCGUCCCCUCUCCCCCCUCGCUACCGCAACCUCGACACCAACGGCCGCCUCGAGAUCCUCACCAACCGCCUCGGCAGCUGGUUCGAGUACGCCCCCCUCAUCCCCUCCCUCGUCAGCGAGGGCUUCACUUCCUCCACCCUCGAGGAGCUCACCGGAAUCCCCUCCGUCGAGCAGAACCGCCUCGUGGUGGCUGCCCAGGUCCGCGACUCCCUCGUCCAGCUGUCCGACGAUGACACCGUCUCCUUCUUCAACUCCCCCUCCUCCCCCGAGAUCCUGUACGAGAUCCGCACCCUCAACGGGCCCCAGCGCGUGGCGGCCGCCCGAUUCAUCAUUUCCAAGGGUUUGGACACGGGAAGGGCCGCGGAGGAGCUGGCGAGGUCCAUGAAGGACUUCCCCCGCAGGUACGGGGACAGGGGCUGGGAGAGCUUCGAAGGGGUUUCCCCUGGGGACUGCCUGGCAUUCAUGUACUACAGGCAGGCGCAGGAGCACAAGUCUGCCUCGUCAUCCCCCGAGCUAAGCCGGGCGGCCCUGGAGCGGGCACUGGCGGUGGUCGAGACGGAGAGAGGGAGGCGGAGAGUGGAGGAGGAUUUGGAGGGAAAGGCGGAGGAGGAGAAGGGGAGUGGUGACGUGGCGGAUGAUGGGGUUGCUAGGAAGGUGCCAGUUGUUAGGAUGGCGUUGGGUGAGGUGGCGGAGUCGAGCGUGGUGGUGCUUUUGCCGGUGUGCUGUGAGGCGGAGGAGGUGGAAGAGGCGCCGUGGGAGGUGGGCAUGGGAGGGGAGUUUGGGGUGGUGAGGCCGGAGAGAGGGUGGAGGCAGUGGGUUGUGGUGCCAGGGUGGGCCCCAGUGGCGGGGCUGAGGAGGGGAGGGUAUGAUGCAACGGCUAAAGGCAUAUCCGAUUCCGGUGAAAUCGUAUUUCUAACCGAACUCGACCAAGUUGGCACACUAGAUCUUCCAUGGUACAACUUUGAGACACUAGAAAAUGCCACCAUCUUGCAAACACACUCUUGGUAG